AUGGCUUCCUUAGGGUUGAUUUUUGAAAAUUCAGUGAAAGUUGCAUCAGAUUGGUUAACAUUUGCUCUUGAUGCCUCAUCUGUACGAGCUGUUGUCUUUGGAGUGCCCAUUGGAGGCCAUCUAUUUAUGGAGGGUCUGCUUUUAGUGGUAAUUCUUUUCCUAUUAUCUCAGAAAAGUUACAGGCCACCCAAAAGACCAUUGACAGAGAAGGAAAUAGACGAGUUAUGUGAUGAAUGGACCCCAGAACCGCUUACUCCUGCUAUUCCUGAAGAGUUGAAUUAUGAACCUCCAGCAUUGGAAAGCGCGGCAGGACCACAUGCAAUAAUAAAUGGCAAAGAAGUAGUGAACUUUACAUCAGCAAAUUACCUUGGUUUUGUGGGACAUGAAAAGCUACUAGAGUCCUGUACCAAGUCACUGGAGAAAUAUGGUGUUGGUUCCUGUGGUCCUCGUGGAUUUUAUGGGACUAUCGAUGUUCACCUUGACUGUGAGACCAAAAUAGCAAAGUUUCUUGGAACUCCUGAUUCUAUACUUUAUUCCUAUGGACUUUCAACGAUGUUUAGUAUAAUCCCAGCAUUUUGCAAGAAGGGUGAUAUUAUUGUUGCAGAUGAAGGUGUCCACUGGGGAAUACAAAAUGGGUUACAUCUGUCUAGAAGUACAAUUUUAUAUUUCAAACACAAUAACAUGGAGUCUUUACGAAGUAUUCUGGAGAAAGCUACCCUGGAAAACAAGCGAGCUAAGAAAGUUAGGCGCUAUAUUGUGGUUGAAGCUGUUUAUCAGAAUUCUGGUCAAAUUGCUCCGUUAGAUGAAAUUAUCAGGCUGAAGGAAAAAUAUCGGUUCCGUGUAAUACUGGAUGAGAGCAAUUCUUUUGGUGUUCUUGGAAGUACUGGUCGAGGUCUAACUGAACACUACAACGUUCCAAUUGACAAGGUAGAUAUCGUAGCUGCUGCUAUGGGGCAUGCACUGGCUACUGAAGGAGGAUUUUGCACUGGGAGUACCAGAGUCAUUGACCACCAACGCCUCAGUAGCUCUGGUUACGUCUUUUCUGCUUCUUUGCCUCCAUAUCUAGCGAGUGUAGCAAUUACUGCUAUUGAUGUGUUGGAAGAAAAUCCGGAUCUCGUCAAAAAACUCAGAAAAAAUACUUUUACUCUUUAUGAAGGUUUAUCAGAUGUUCAAGGCCUUGAGAUCGUGAGUGAUCCACAAUCACCAAUUGUUUUCCUUACACUCGAGAAGGCUACAGGAUCCGUAAAAGACCACCUUCAAGUGCUUGAAGAUAUUUGUGAUCGCGUGUUGAAAGAAGACUCCAUUUUUCUUGCAACUUCAAAAAGAUCAACUAUAGACAAAUGCAAUUUACCGGUGGGAAUUAAAUUGUCCAUGAUUAUGAGCUAUAGACGAGGCUUGGUUAAGAUAGAACAAGGAUUGCAGUGUUACAGAGUCGAAAGAAGAUUUUCAUUACAUUGUUUAGUUGGGUAG